UGCCGGCUGCCACCGGCUAGGCUCGGGAGUGCCCGCGCGGCGGGUGGCGGGGUCGAGGGCGCGGAAACCAAGGCGGGGCGGUAGCUCCGGAGUCCCCGGCGGCGCCGAGACCUCGCAGCCGGCGUCCGAGCCCGAGCUGGCGCGAUGGCCGUGCGCUCCCGCCGCGCGUGGAUGAGCGUGGCGCUGGGGCUGGUGCUGGGCUUCACCGCCGCUUCCUGGCUCAUCGCCCCCCGGGUGGCCGAGCUGAGCGAGAGGAAGAGACGCGGCUCCAGCCUCUGCUCCUACUACGGCCGCUCGGCAGCCGGGCCCCGCGCCGCGCAGCCGCCGCUUCCCCAGUCCCAGUCCCGGCCGCGGCUCGAGCCGUCGCCGCCCCCCGUGAGCCCCGAGCUCCGGCGGCCGCAGCUGCCCGAGGCGGCGCCCGGAGUCCCCGGCUUUCGGAGCAGCCCCUGGCAGCAUCCACCGCUGCUGCCGCAGAGGCGGCGAGAACGCGAGCCCGAGGGUGCGACCGGGCUGCCCGGAGUCCCCGCGGCCCAAGCGGACCCCGAGGAGGAGGAGGAGAAGGAGGAGGAGGAGGAGGAGGAGGAGAGGGGCGCGGCCGGACAGCGCCGAGGCGGCCGGCCCGGGAGCAGCCACAACGGCAGCGGGGAUGGGGGCGCCACCGCUCCGAGCGCCCGGCCCCGGGGGUUCCUCUACGUGGGUGUGAUGACCGCGCAGAAGUACCUGGGCAGCCGCGCGCUGGCCGCGCACAGGACCUGGGCGCGCUUCAUUCCCGGCCGCGUGGAGUUCUUUUCCAGUCAGCAGCCUCCCAGUGCCGCGCUGGGCCAGCCCCUGCCACCCCUUCCUGUCAUCGCGCUGCCCGGGGUGGACGACUCUUAUCCCCCCCAGAAAAAGUCCUUCAUGAUGAUCAAGUACAUGCACGACCACUACCUGGACAAGUACGAGUGGUUCAUGCGCGCAGACGACGAUGUCUACAUCAAAGGUGAUAAAUUAGAAGAGUUUCUGAGAUCACUGAAUAGCAGUAAGCCUCUCUACCUGGGACAGACUGGACUGGGCAACAUUGAAGAACUGGGAAAGCUGGGGCUGGAGCCUGGGGAGAACUUCUGUAUGGGAGGACCUGGCAUGAUCUUCAGUCGUGAAGUUCUUAGGAGGAUGGUGCCCCAUAUUGGAGAAUGCCUCAGAGAAAUGUACACAACUCAUGAAGAUGUGGAAGUAGGAAGGUGUGUUCGCCGCUUUGGUGGGACUCAGUGUGUCUGGUCAUACGAGAUGCAACAGCUGUUCCAUGAAAAUUAUGAACACAAUCGGAAGGGUUAUAUCCAAGACCUUCACAACAGCAAAAUCCACGCAGCCAUCACGCUUCAUCCCAACAAAAGGCCUGCGUACCAGUACAGACUGCAUAACUACAUGCUCAGUCGCAAGAUCUCUGAGCUCCGCUACCGCACCAUCCAGCUCCACCGCGAGAGCGCGCUCAUGAGCAAGCUCAGUAACAGCGAAAUGAGCAAAGAGGACCAACAGCUGGGAGUGAUGCCUUCCUUCAACCACUUCCAGCCUCGGGAGAGAAAUGAAGUCCUAGAGUGGGAGUUCCUGACAGGGAAGCUCCUGUACUCAGCUGCAGAGAACCAGCCUCCUCGGCAGAGCAUCAACAGCAUCCUAAGGACAGCGCUGGAUGACACUGUCCUGCAGGUGAUGGAGAUGAUAAAUGAGAACGCCAAGAGUAGGGGCCGGCUCAUUGACUUCAAGGAAAUUCAGUAUGGCUACCGCAGGGUUGAUCCCAUGCAUGGGGUGGAAUACAUUUUGGAUCUCCUACUCCUGUACAAAAGGCACAAAGGGAGGAAACUGACUGUGCCCGUGAGGCGCCAUGCCUACCUCCAGCAGUUGUUCAGCAAGCCUUUCUUCAGAGAAAUGGAAGAACUCGACGUCAGCAGUCUGGUGGAGAGUAUUAACAGGGAUACUCACUCAUUCUCUUUUAUAUCUAAUUCUCUAAAGAUACUCUCUUCUCUUCAAGAGGCCAAAGAAAUGGGAGGGCACAAUGAAAAAAAAAUACACAUUCUGGUUCCUCUCAUGGGAAGGUAUGAUAUUUUCUUGAGAUUCAUGGAGAAUUUUGAAAGCACGUGUCUUAUCCCAAAGCAGAAUGUGAAGCUGGUCAUCAUUCUUUUCAGUAGAGAUGCUGGGCAAGAGUCUGACAAGCAUAUCGAGCUGAUACAAGACUAUCGGAACAGGUACCCAGAUGCAGAAAUGACCCUGAUUCCCAUGAAGGGAGAGUUUUCCAGAGGUCUUGGUCUUGAGAUGGCAUCUUCCCAGUUUGACAAUGACACAUUGUUGCUGUUUUGUGAUGUGGACUUGGUCUUCAGAGGAGACUUUCUCCAACGGUGUAGAGACAAUACAAUUCAGGGACAACAGGUGUACUACCCCAUCAUCUUUAGCCAGUAUGAUCCAAAGGUGACCCAUGUGGGAAACCCUCCCACAGAAGAUGACUUCCGGUUCUCAAAGGAAACUGGAUUUUGGAGAGACUAUGGCUACGGAAUCACUUGCAUUUAUAAAAGUGAUCUGCUGGGUUCAGGGGGAUUUGAUACUUCCAUACAAGGCUGGGGACUGGAAGAUGUAGACCUCUACAAUAAAAUCAUCCUAUCUGGCUUGCGGCCCUUCAGAAGUCAAGAAGUAGGAGUGGUGCAUAUUUUCCAUCCAGUUUAUUGUGAUCCGAACUUGGACCCUAAGCAAUAUAAGAUGUGUUUAGGAUCCAAAGCAAGUACUUUUGCCUCAACCAUGCAAUUGGCUGAACUCUGGCUAGAAAAACAUUUGGGUGUCAGGUACAAUCGAACUCUCUCCUGACAGUACAGGCAAAUACAUAUUGCCUUUUCUAAAGGGGAGUUUACCUCAUUGUUGGUUGUUAUUUUAUUUUAUUAUUGUUAUUUUAUGGCUGUUAUUAUUAUUGUUAUAAUUUUAUUUUGUUGUCCCAGUCUUAAAGUACUCUAGGUUAUCUUCCAAAGGAUGUUUUAUGACCUCAAGCAGUAAGAAGAGUCUGCAGUUCACUGAUAUUUCAGAGUCAGAGUUCUACUGAAGUCAAUAUAUUAUUACUUUCAUACAACUUCGAGAUUGAGUUAAAUCAUAAGUGACUUUGGAAGCUCAUACACUACAAGAGACAGCUUAGAAGAAUGUUCUCUUAGGGCUUAAAGAUGCAAUAUCGACUUUUAUUUUGUUUGUCAACUUCAAUGUGAUACAAAUAUUUACUGGUGAAAGGUACCACAAAAGUGCUUUAUGCUUCCCUUGAGGAAGGGACUCUGUAACAUACACUUGAGUUUUGUAAUUUAUAUGAGGACUUAAAUAUAUAGACAAUAAUUUUCUUCAUCUUUAGAAUUUUUAAAGUAAAUGAACACCUAUGAUUGUAUGUUUAUUUUUUAAAAAAAUGUUUUAAAAAUAGAGGAGUUCUGAUCCACAAGCAACAGGUACUGGCUACCCUGGUCUUAGACAAUUAUGAGCUCCUUACAACUGUCUGCUAUAAAUGCAAGUGAACUUUAUUUUCUCAAGGAAAUAUGAUUUAAUGAAAUAUUCAUGUACAUUUUAGAUGCUUUAUGAAAUAAUGUCCUUCAUUUGCUGGCAAGAAGAUGAAAUAUGACAGAACCUGUUUAUUUAUAAUAAAACACAGGUAUGAACGUAUUCUUUUUCAAAAACACUGAAAA